GAGGGACGGGGCGGGGCGGGGGCUUCUGGGCGCCCCGGCCUGGCUGUGGGGAUAAGGCGGCUGUCCCGGCCUUUGCCCGGCACCGGAACCGGCGGGGGCCAUGGCGCUGCGCGGCGGCGGGCGCUGGGCGCGCCUGGGCUCGGCGCUGCGCGGCCGCAGCUCGGGGCUGCGGCACGCCGGGGACACCCCACAGCACCGCGACUUGCGGGAAGCCCUCCGGAAGAUCAUUGACAAGGACAUUAAUCCCUUUGUGGAUAAGUGGGAAGAAGAAGGACAGUUUCCAGCACAUAAAGUGUUUAAAAUCCUGGGACAGGCUGGAUUCCUUGGUGUGGAUAAGCCAACAGAAUAUGGCGGCAUGGGUUUGGACUUCUCCUAUCAUAUUGCAGUGGCAGAAGAGCUGGGAAAUAUCCAUUGUGGAGGUAUUCCCAUGGCCAUUGGAGUGCAAACUGGCAUGGCUACCCCUGCUCUUGCAAGGUUUGGUUCUCAUGAGUUGAAAAAACAGUUCCUUGUACCAACUGUAGCUGGUGAUUUUGUGGCUUGCCUGGGAGUCAGUGAAGUUGGAGCUGGGUCAGAUGUCGCAAAUAUCAAGACAACGGCUGUGAGAAAGGGUGAUGAAUAUGUCAUAAAUGGUGGUAAGAUGUGGAUUACGUCCGGCAGCCAGGCAGACUGGAUGUGCCUCCUGGCAAACACCAGUGAAGGACCUCCCCAUCAAAAUAAAUCUCUCAUAUGUCUGCCAAUGAAUCUACCUGGCAUUCAUAUUGCUAAAAAGAUAGACAAACUGGGUAUGAGGUCAUCGGACACAGCUCAGAUCUUCUUUGAAGACGUAAGGGUCCCCUGCAAGAACCUCAUCGGUGAGGAAGGAAAGGGUUUCAUGUACCAGAUGUUGCAAUUCCAAGAAGAGCGGCUGUGGGGAGUAGCCAGUGCCCUGACACCAAUGGAAAUGAUUAUACAAGAAACUAUUGACUACACACGGCAGCGGAAGGUGUUUGGCCAGCCUGUCCUGCACAACCAAACCGUGCAUUUCCGCCUGGCCGAGCUGGCAACCGAAGUGGAGCUGCUGCGCUCGCUGCUGCACCGCGCCGUGGCUCUCUAUGUAGAAGGCAACAAUGUGACAAAAUUGGCUUCCAUGGCUAAGCUAAAGUCAGGUCGUCUGGCCCGUGAAGUGACUGACAACUGUCUCCAGUUUUGGGGAGGAAUGGGAUUCACCAGUGAAGUUCUCGUGAGCAGGCUUUACAGGGACUUGAGAUUGAUGUCAAUAGGAGGUGGCACAGAUGAAACCAUGCUUUCCAUCAUAUGCAAAUACAUGGACAUACUUCCAAGAAAGUGACGCAUCUGCACUCUUCCUUGAAAAUUAAGAAAGCAAGAGCACGACUUGUGCUGCACAAUGAAGGUGACAAGCAGCCAGUACACUUCGAGCAGAAAACAGAUCAGUAAUUUUGCCAUCAGAACGCACAUCAAUGUCUUUCACGGUUACCACUCUGUGUUUUCCAGUGUCAAAUUUUUUUGAUAUGAAGCACUCUCAAAGCUUGCAUUCUGUUUUCUCAGUGGGUUACCUAAGUUUUCCAAUGACCCAUGCUAAUCACACAGAAAAAAAGUAAGUUCUUUAAUCAAGCUUUAUCUACACUUCAGAGCAUCUAUGCAGACAAUUACGAAACAGAACUUCCAUAUGAAUGGAAGCUAUGUAGCUUAAUUUCAUUUCAGUAUAGCUUUGCUUUCAAGAUGAACAAUCAUGGCACAAAUUAUUCCCUGCCAUAAUGAAACCCCAGAACAGUGCCUUUCCUCUCAAUUACAGGUACCUUCCCUAUCUUUCACUUUUAGCAAGCAAUCAUUAAAAUGAGCUCUGUCAUCUUUGCCAAAUCCGUAUCAAUUUGUACUCCACUCUGUCAUGGACUUUUGGUGAUGGGAGUUGUGUCAAAUUUUUAUUUGCAGAAUUCUACAAACAACUGUUUAAGUGUAUCUGAAGCUUGCGGAGGCCUGAACUUCAGCAGCAAUGUACCAUGUUUUGUGCAUAAGUAUUAAGAAAAAUAUUAAAAAUAAACACAUUAAUAUGAAAACUGUGCAUAAUUACUUAAAGUCUUCCUAAAGCAGCCAUUUACGCUGGAAGAGGCAGCCUGUAUUAUUGAUUGAAAAAAUAAAAAUUGCCCCUAAAUACAGCACCAUUUCCAAAAAAUACACUGGUAUUCUACAGUAGAAAAAAAUGUAUAUAAACAACACUAGCUAGGAUAAUACUACAGGACACUUUAUUUGUAAGUUCGUAAUUGAUCAUUAAUGGUAACACAUCAUACAGUAUUUCUAAAAAGGUUUUCCAAAACUUGUAGAUACAAUUUCAAUAUCUAGCAAACUUUUUUUUUUUUGAAUGUUCAACUCAGCAACGUAAUAGCCUCAAUAAUUAGAAACUACUUGGUGAGCCAAAACUAAGUCUUCAAAAUAAAAUACCCUAACGUGACUGCACCUCCAACAAAUGCAUCAUAAUAUACUUUAAUAUAUAAAAUUCAAAAUAUCUGCUAUUGUAUUUCAGACAUCAUGCACUGUAGAUUUAGGGACUAUCACUAACUGAAAAAUAAACAUACUAAUGGUAAAAGUUCAAGU